AUGAACUUCGCUAUUGCGCCAAAGAAAAUUCCCAUUGCAGAGUUCGGGGCUGUUGUGGAAUGCAGAAUAACUGAACUCUCGACUGAGGAAAAAGUUACAGUGAGAGUACAAGUUUCAGAAGUCCUUAGCAGAGCCCGCCCACCGCCAUCAAAUAUUCCGUGGAAGGAAAUGAGAGCCUUACAAGAUCUCCGAAAGGACGAAUCGAGACUCAUCAUAUCGGCGGACAAAGGCAACUGCACAGUUGUCAUGGACCACAAAGAUUAUGAUGAUAAAGAUGACGACGAGCUUGUCUCCUUCGACGUCAUCUCUUUGUUUACGUCGAUUCCGGUAGAUGCAGCUGUUAAUGUUGCUCACAAUCGACUGGUCAAUGACGAAAAUCUACAAGAAAAGACGGCCCUACCGGUCACUGACAUUAUCGAAUUACUUAACUUCUGCCUGUCAACCACCAACUUUCGAUACGACCACAAGCAUUAUAAGCAGAUCCAUGGGACAGCUAUGGGCUCACCCGUUUCCGCCGUAAUGGCAAAUAUGGUCAUGGAAGACCUUGAAGAAAGAGCAUUAACUACUCUUAUCAAUCAACCUCUGUUUUGGAAAAGAUUUGUGGACGACAUGAGUACAACCAUGAAACCUGAUAGUACUCAGACUUUUCUCGAACAUUUGAACUCAAUUGAGCCCUGCAUUAAGUUCACGAUUGAACGCGAAAGCGAAGGGAAAAUUGCCUUCCUUGACUCCAUGGUUCACCACCAGGAAGACGGAAGAUUAACCACCACCGGAAACCUACCCACACUGAUCGCUAUCAGUCUUUUCCAUCGCACCAUCCCAGUAUGCAUAAGCGAACUGUGGUUAAGUCAUUGA